UGUAACAACUUUGGAUGAAAUGUCCUCCUUCAAAAGGACUAAUGCAAAAAAUAAAGUGUUAAAAAUGAGGGGUAUUUGGUAAUAGAUACAAAAACAACACUGUUAAGUUCAGGAAAAGAUUGUGGGUUAGGUUAAAAUAAGUAAAAGAAAGAGUACCUUUGUCCUAGUGGUUCAAAUAAUAACCACACAGUUAUCCUGGUGGAAAAUGUCACCAGAGGUUGACUGUUAACAUAAUUUGCAUGUUAUCAAAAGUAGUAUUAUAGCUAUAGGCUGUGGUAAGGUUUAAGAAAACAAUAAUGGUUUGGCUUUAUUUAUUAUUUGUGCAUCUUUUUUUAUUGUCAAUAAUGAACAUAUGGCUACAGUUAUGGAAUGAUCGUGGUUAAAAGAUGACUUGCUCCUUUUCUCACGUCAUAAUUAGGCUCCUAAGACCAACAGAACAGUGUCACUUAAAAGUAGGCUCCAGAAAAUGUUGCAUGACAACUAGGAUCACUUACAAUAGUUUUACUCUCAAACAGGAUAUAUCAUUGAAAAUAACACAUACUCACAAUUUAGUUUAGAGGAGUGUGAAGCAACAAAGAGCGUGAUUCAGUGUGGCAAUGAGGGCCCAAUGGUCAAUAUGUAAAAUCAAAUAUGGUGCAAGAUUUCUUGCUCCCAGCCCCCCACCUGACCAAUGUGCUGCUAGGCAGAAGUGAAGCCAGUAGUGCCUCAGGUGGCCAGAUCAGGGGAGAUGAAGCUUUGGUAUUAAAAAAAUAAAUAAAAUUGAGAAAUGACUCAAGGUCAUUUAUGAGAAAAUACAGCCUGUCUGCCAUCACUGACGAUGCCCAUCAGAAUGAAUGGACAUCUGUGUGACAUAUUUUUCAUAAGCACUAAAAUACCACUCAUUCACAUUCAGUCCAAUUAAGUUUACUCAUGUAAAAAUAAUCAAGGUUUAAUAUACUGUUGCACGAUAAAAAGAACAAAAAGCUGCGUGAGCUCAUCUCCGUGAUCUUUUUCUAGAAUGCCACACUAAAUAAAAACGUUUCAAAUAUCCAAUUAAACAUAAAUUAUGAGAGAGCAUGGUGAUGGCUUUGGCUUUGGAGUCCUGUAUCUCUGAAUGACCUUAGACUGGCAGGCUAGGGUAGUUUACAAAACAAAUAAAAAUAAAAUGACAGAGUUCUGCCUUGCCCGAACACCCCCUCACGCCACCCUGCCUGUCCAGCCUGUAUAAACCACUCAGCGUCAGCCACAACACAAGCUGGGUUUGCCCCAUUCACGAACACUGACUCAUUCCUGCAAGUGCUGUUGGUCACUCAGCCACCUGCAGGCACAUUUUACAACUCUCAUGUUGCCUGUUGCCUCCACAGUUCCUAAAAUAACCAGGCACCAUCAGCCCCCACUACCACCACCAUCCUCCCCCUCUCUCCCCGCGCCACAUGGUUACAGUUAAGUACAUAAAUCAGGCGCCACCGCUGGUGUGAGAGCCGCCGUAGACGCAGACGGAGGCGCACAUGCACACCACACCGCCGCGGCUCGUCGCUGCUACUGCAGCCGGUGCGGCGAAGGAGACUCGCGGCUUUCUCUCCAUCCCACGGAGGCGCAAUGGCUUGAGAGCACACGACACGGACUCGAUUGCCCGGUGCACGAUGGUGUUUCUGACUGUCCGCCUGUCUGCGUGCGUCCGCCCGUGUUGCCGCGAAUUGCUGCAGUGCUGUUUUUCCAGGUGUUGCGAAUGUGCGUGUGCGCGCGUGUGUGUGUAAAUGUGCGUGCAUGGCGGCGGCGGCGGCGGUGGUGGUGGUGUUGUAGCCUGGUGUAAUUCUCCCUAUACGAAUUGUGCUAAGCCGGGGAACGGAGUCUGAUGUCACAUGUGCUUCAUCGGAGGAGACGGGGCAUCUGCGAGCUGGAUUUUGUGGAGGAUGCUGCGGCAAGUGAUACACAGAGGGCUCAAGGCUUCAUUCUACUGGCUGGGCUUAUUCGUUAGCAGGCACCCCGUUUUCUUCCUCACCGUCCCCGCAGUCCUCACCAUCAUUUUCGGAUCUACAGUGCUUAGCCGAUUCAAGCCGGAGACGGACCUGGAAGUGCUGGUCGCCCCGACUCACAGCCUCGCCAAGAUCGAGCGGAGUCUUGCCAACAGCCUGUUUCCCAUCGACCAGUCGAAGCACAAGCUAUACUCGGAUUUGCACACCCCGGGCAGAUAUGGCAGGCUGAUCCUGCUGGCCAAGUCCGGGGGGAACAUCCUGGAGCUGGCCGACCACGUCCUACAAGUCCACAAGCAGGUGUUGGAUUUGCGCGUCAAUUACAAGGGAUUCAAUUACACCUUCGCGCACCUCUGCAUCCUGAGCCACAGGGACAAGCGCUGCCUCUUGGAUGAUAUCAUCACUAUCUUCGAAGACAUUAGACAGGCUGUGCUUUCCAACAGCACCUUCCAUAAGGUGCCCGUGAGCUACCCAAACACAACAUUAAAGAAUGGCCGUGUUUCCUUCAUUGGACACCAGCUGGGGGGGGUGUCCUUCUCGCCCAACAGCCGUGACCAGCAGGUCAAGUUUGCCCGCGCUGUCCAGAUCACCUAUUACCUCCGUAACAAUGGACCCGUUGUGCAGGAUGCCAUUGCAGAGCGCUGGGAGAAUGAGUUCUGUGCCCUGGUCAGUCGGCUGUCCACGACCGAGGCACCCCAUGCAUCCGACCAGCUCCACAUCCAGUCACUCACUUCCUUCAGCUUGUGGCGGGACUUCCACCAGACGGGUGUGCUGGCCAAGGGUGAGGUGCUGGUCAGCCUGGUGCUGGUGCUCCUGGCCGCCACCAUCUCCAGCUCCAUGCGGGACUGCCUGAGGGGGAAGCCGUUCCUUGGCCUCCUCGGCGUGCUGACCAUCUGCAUCGCCAAUGUGACAGCUGCAGGGAUCUUCUUCAUAUCGGAUGGGAAGUUCAACUCCACACUACUGGGGAUCCCAUUCUUUGCCAUGGGUCAUGGAACCAAAGGGGUGUUUGAGCUCCUGGCAGGCUGGAGGAGGACAAGAGAAAACCUGCCCUUCAAAGAGCGCGUAGCAGACGCUUUCGCUGAUGUGAUGGUAUGCUACACGAUGACCAGCUCCCUCUACAUCAUCACCUUUGGCAUGGGAGCCAGUCCUUUUACUAACAUUGAAUCGGUGAAAAUCUUCUGCCAGAGCAUGUGUGUGGCCAUCCUGGUCAACUACUUCUACGUUUUCUCUUUCUACGGCUCCUGCCUCGUGUUUGCUGGACAGCUGGAACAAAACCGCUACCACAGUGUUUUCUGUUGUAAGAUCCCCUCAGUGGAGUACCUGGACCGCCAGCCCACAUGGUUUAAAACCAUGAUGAGUGACGGCCAUGACCUGUCCACACAUCACGACAGUGUCCCAUACCAGAAUCACUUCAUCCAGCACUUCCUACGAGAGCACUACACAGAGUGGAUUACCAAUACCUAUGUCAAACCCUUUGUGGUCAUCCUUUAUCUCAUCUACGCCUCUUUCUCCUUCAUGGGAUGUUUACAAAUCAGUGAUGGAUCAAAUAUCGUGAACCUGCUUGCUAGUAACUCUCCGAGUGUUUCAUAUGCUCUGACCCAGCAGAAAUACUUCAGUAACUACAGUCCUGUGAUUGGGUUUUAUAUUUACGAGCCCCUUGAGUACUGGAACUCCACGGUGCAGGAGCACCUGAAGACUCUGAGUCAUGGAUUCAACAAGAUCUCCUGGAUGGACAACUUUUUUCACUACCUAAGGGUAGUGAAUGUCAGUGCAUCAACUAAGAGUGACUUCAUUAACAUACUUAAGGGUUCCUUCUUACGCAGUCCAGAGUACCAGCACUUCACCGAGGACAUAAUAUUCUCCAAGAACCGUGAGACUGAUGAAUAUGACAUUAUUGCCUCAAGGAUGUACUUGGUAGCGCGAACCACAGAGAAGAAGCGAGAGGAGGUGGUGGAGCUUUUGGAAAAGCUCCGUCCGUUGAUGCUGAUCAACAGCAUCAAAUUCAUUGCCUUCAAUCCCACAUUUGUGUUCAUGGACCGUUACAGCUCCUCCGUCAUCUCGCCCAUUCUGACCUCAGGCUUCAGCGUACUCACCAUCCUCAUCCUCACUUUCUUCCUGGUCAUCAACCCCUUAGGGAACUUCUGGCUCAUCCUCACGGUUACAUCCGUGGAGUUGGGCGUCCUUGGUUUGAUGACCCUCUGGAACGUCGGCAUGGACAGCAUUUCAAUCCUGUGCCUUAUUUAUACACUCAACUUUGCCAUGGAUCACUGUGCACCACACCUGUACACUUUUGUGCUGGCCACCGAGCACACUAGGACGCAGUGCAUCAAGUUGGCACUGGAGGAGCACGGGGCGGCCAUCCUGCAGAACACAUCAUGCUUUGUGAUCGGGAUCAUGCCCCUGGUGUUUGUGCCUUCCAAUCUGACCUACACACUGUUUAAGUGCUCCCUCCUCACCGCGGGCUGCACCGUGCUGCACUGCUUUGUCAUCCUGCCCGUCUUCCUGACCUUCUUCCCGCCAUCCAAAAAGAGACACAAGAAAAAGAAACGGGCCAAGCGGAAAGAGCGGGAGAGGGAACGGGAGCGGGAAAGGGAGCGGGAAAGAGAGAGGGAGGAGAUAGAGUGCAUUGAAGUCAGGGAGAAUCCUGAUCAUGUGACAAAUGUUUGAGCGGUUUGUGAUUUUAGCUGUAAUGUCCGUUAGUUAUUGGUGGAUUAGAGGUAUUGUCCUACACUGAGGCACCUCUUGAGGUGAAGGGGAGUCUGAGAUGUCCCCUGAGGAGUGGGCACUUGUCACUCCCAACCAAUAGCAGCUAUGCUGGCCAGAGACGAAUGCAGCCCCACUGGUCGGUCAUUCAGUCCUUCAGUCUGGACAGUGUAUCUCGUUUGCACAUGCUUCAACAUGCUCAAAGUUCUAAAGCUCUUUCCCAUCAAUCUGGUAAAAAGACACAAGUCAGUUACCAGAAUGUAUGCUUGCUAAAUCUGUAAGUAACACGCGGUAUGUUAGUUCACUUCAAUAUUAGCAAUUCUGUGUUCAUCUCCCACAGCCCUAAUCUCUGAAGAAGUGAUUGAGGUGCAUAGCAGUCUGUUAAGCCAAGGACACCCAAACAAGUUGGUGGAGAUGGUAAGAGUGAGAGAGUGUACAAAUUAAAACUGUGCAAAAGACAACUGUGCACGCACCUUACUACUAAUACCUUGAUAACAGCAAAAACAAACCAAACCAAAUGGUGCGGAAAGAGAGAAACUGUGGCAUAAAAGCACACCGCAUGCUUUUCUGUAACAUUGGAAACAGUUGAACAGCUGAACUGGGCAGAUGGCAUACACUGUGUCCAUUAUGAAGAAUUAUCUUGCACAUUGCAUCGUGUGAAUAGAACUGUCAAGGUUUGUACAAACAGGAGGCAAAUAUUUCUGCUUUAUUUUAGUGGCCGUCCAAGGUCUUAGGCAAUGGCAGACAGUGGGCUGCUGCAAAUGAAGAACUGGUGAUAAGUGACUGUCAUGCAGUGGCAUUUGAAGGCAGUAAGCCUCGUUCUUGAAGUAUGACUUAAGCAAAUCCUACACUGCUUUUGCUUCAGAGCAGUAAAACCAAAAGUGAAGAGUGUUUCUAAGGCUUGAAAUGUUGAACUUUAUUUGAGAUUGAUAACAGCGUAAAGUUUUGGUGAGUGUGUGAAUGUCUCUCUGUGAUCCACUUACAAAAGCUUACCCUCAGUGAAAUGGGAAGGGUUGAAUGUGACUCAGUAAUAGCAGUGGUGCCAAAUCAUGUCUCAGUAAAUUGAAGUUCAUAGGAAUCAACCAUAGAAAUCAUGAAUUAUUCAAAGGGAUUUAAAAGGUUGCUCUUUAAUGUUCAGGUUGCUGAAACAGACUAUGAUGCAGGCUUUCGAUUAAAUAGGCACUUAUUGUAAAAUACACUGUCCCAGAAUAGUAUGAAAAUAUGAUUUGACGUUAAACCCCGUUGUAUUACAUUUUAAACAAUGCAUUAUCAUUGUUGGACUGCUUGAUAUUGUCACGCUGAUGGCAAAGUGUGAAGCCAAAACGUAAUGAUCACAUUGACAAGAGUUGUAGCCUCUUUCAGCUUGUUGUUUUGGUCACACUAUCUGUAAAGUACCAAACUGUAGUGCAGACAGACUAAGUUGACAACUAGCUAUGUAGCAUUGUGGAUCAUUUAUCAGUUAAAAGAGCUUGAAAUUUCCUCCUGGAGUCAGUGGGAAGCAAAAACACCAACUGAGGGAUAUUGUUGCUCUGUACAACAACUACAAAAUCCACCUUGAUCCUGUUUCAGUGAGUAACAAAAAAUAUUUUGGAGUAACACUGAUGGAUUUGGUAGAUCUUAGAAUAACUGAAAGAAAAUAUACUUAAGACCAUGCAAGAAAUAUGCGAUUUGUAAGUGCUACCUUCAAUUAUGCUCACAAGUCUUAAAAUGUGGACACUGAACUAAAGUUGUUUUACUUAUUCAGACAGAACAAUUAAAGACACCAAUGAGAGAUUCUAUUACAGGCUACAGAAGAAUGUAGAAAAAGCAACUUGCCAGAAGGUGACUGUCUAUUGUAAUAUUGCAGAAGCAAUUACUGCCACCUACUGGUCUGGAGUUUAACCCAUGUAGUAGCAAAUAACCUUCUGUCAAAAAAUGGAGACAACCUCUACAAAUACCCUUUUUCAAUAUUCAGUCUUAGAAGUCCAAAAUCUUCUCUUGUCUCCCCAGAAUAGUAUUACCUAUGUCUGCAAAGGCCCGAUAAGAAUCUUUGCUGCAGUCCCAAAACAAGCGCACUCAAGGUCAGCCGCCUCAUCAGAUACCAAUCUCAUACUGACCUCUGGCAGGCGGGUCUUAGCCGAUGGCAUGAGGUAGAGACGCCCCAUAUGUGUGCAGAUGUGGCUGAUUACUGGCCAGUCAAUGCAGAUCAUUGAAGCUUCUCACAGAGCUGUCACUGACGAGAUACCAUCUUGUUUCUUUGUACUGCCACCCAAGAACGUGAAAAGCUCUCACACAGAGCAGCUAAUCGUGCAGCAGGAGUGUUAGGUUAGGAUGUUCAUAUGGAACCCAGAUGUCAGUGUGGAAUAUGUGUUGAUGUUUGAUAAAGGAGUGCAUAUAUCCUUGUGAUUAAUCACUAUUAAACCCACUUCUCUUGUACAUCGCUAUCUGCGAACAAAGAUAAAAAAAGGGGGAAAUUAAUCUUUUACUUGUCAUACUUCAGCAUUCACACUUCAUGCAUUCAAAGUGUUCAGUUCUCUUUGACUUACAUCAACCUCCCAUACUGACAAAUGUGGAAUUAUUGGCAAGCUAUUUCCUGCAGCAACUCUGAACAUGAACGUCACAUUAUGUAAAAGCCAUGUCAUGUAUGUAUAGCGAGAAGGCAUGAAAUGUUUGAAACAUGGGAAAGAAAUGCAAAUCUUAAAUAAUUUACUUCCCAAAAUGGGCUGUGUUUGCAUGGCACUGUAUUGUAUGUAUGCAUGUAUUUAAUUUUUCUGUAUGAAGUCAGUGUAUUUUAUUUUUUAUUUUGCUACGCUGUAGUGACUUAUGUUUGUUGUUUUGAUGCAUAUUCUGUAACAUCAUGUGCUGCAAAAAAAAAAAAACAAUGAGUCAAGUCUGCUCCAAAACAAAAGCCAGAGGAUAUUUCACUUGUAAAAUAACUGUAAAUUAAGUCUUUUAUAUAUUUUUUAAGAAAAAGUAUAAUAUAGAAAGAUUUUUAAUGACAGAGUUUUCUUUUAAAAAAAAAAAAGAAUAAAAAGGGAAAAAAAAGUUGAACACAGUAGGCCAGUAAUAAACAGUGGAAUGUUACCAGUAUACUAGACCUUAUUCCUUGCACACUCCAGUGUCAAUGUUUGUUGAUAAUUCACAUUUUUAUAUGGGAAACUGUGGCCACCACUUUAUUCUUUGUCCAUGUGUCUUGACUCCUUUAUAAUCUCUAUUUGGCCUUCACAUUUAAGGAAAUGCUCCUUCACUCAACAUCCCUAUUUUUAAAAAAUCAGAACUGUGUUUUAAAGAUUUAUAAAAAAAAUCUUUUGACAAAAAUGUAGAUCAGAAUUUUCGGAAUAUGAACUGACUUAAGUCACAAUAUACAUCUAUUACAGUUUGCUAUAUUGCAGGUCCAGCUUAGCAGCAAAGGUAUCAAUGUUUAUCUCCUCCUAAACCUCAUUUGUAUAAAUCCUCUUACUCUAUGGAACAUGCCAUCCUGUUUCCUUGUCUCAUUGACCACUUUUCAGCUUUUUUAUUAUUAGAAUAAUUCCCAACACCAAAUCCCAUUUUAGAAAUGAAUAGAAAACCAUCACCAAUGGAUUAUUGGAAAGCAUGCAAUAUCUGAUAUUUAAAACAUUACUUGCUAGCUCGGUGGUUAUUUUACAUUUUUCUUAUUGUCAACAAAUUUAUUGAAAAAUCCAGAAUUACAAUGUGGUAGUCUAUAUUCAUACUUGUACUAGCUUUUCUGUGGCACUCAAACUCCACACUCGCUGUUGCCCAUUUAGCAUAACAGGAUUCAAUGGGGAAAUAGUUCAUUGUUCAUAGUUCAUUCCCCAUUAAUAAUUGCAUUGGUGUUAGUUUCAUCAGCUCAGAACAAACUACAAUGCGUGUGAGCGAUCUUGAAGAUUAACACAUUUCUGUGUGUAAUGGUAUGGCUCACUUUUAAACAGCUGUGCAACUCACAGAAUAAAAUGUAUUCGGCUUUGGAUACAGUGCAAGCAACACUUUUCAUGGGAUUUGUUGACAGUAAUACACAGAGCUUGGCUAGUCUCGUUCUUUAAAAAAUAAACUCACACAAAAUGCUCUUGUAAUUGAAGCCCAGUCUGCUCCAAAAGCUGUACAUAAAACCCUGCAAAACAAAGUUAAUUUAGGUAGUUUAAGUCACAUUUUUUCAGGUGCUGUAUCCAUUUUAUAUCCUUGUGCUAUAGGGUGUGUGCUAUAUAGCACAAUACAUGAUAAACGGUAAAAAGAAAAUAACAUAAACAGCUAAACUGGGUGGUAUUUUAAUGGCUUAGGCAGGUUAAUGAGUGUACUGUAAGUCUAAUGAAAUCCUCUGGCCAUGCACUCCAGCACAUAUUCAGUUUGUACAACCAGGGACAGCACAAUACUUCCACAAUACAGGGCAAUAAAAUUAUGCAAACACCACUUUGCUUGUUGAAUGAUCUACAUGGCGCAUCUGUUUCUACCACCACCUCAGAGGACAAAUUACUGUUUUAAUAGAACACGUCUAUCUCCUAUGUCAAGCCACAAAAAUAAGCUGCUGUUACUCCCCCUUCAUAAAACUCAUUGCUUGAUGUGUUUUAGUACAGUAUAUUGGGUUUCAACACUGUGCAGAUUGUCGAAUAGUAGGGUGGUUAUUUUAGUAACCUUAGUUCCAUGCCAACUUAGAAUGUUGGUGAAUCAGGUGAAUGCUUAACGCACUGUCCAUCUAUCUAUCUAUCUAUCUAUCUAUCUAUCUAUCUAUCUAUCUAUCUAUCUAUCUAUCUAUCUAUCUAUCUAUCUAUCUAUCUAUCUAUGAUCUGUUUGCUGCAUUUCCAUCAAAAAGCAGUUUUGAAUUAUGUUCCUACCCAUGCCUAUAGAACUGUUGGUGAGGUGGUGAGGGUGUUGUAGGAUCUACCAUUGCGUACAUUUUACCUUGUACGUGUACACUAGGUUAACUAUAUUACAAAUAUGUAUACUAAGGAUUCUGGUAGGUUUUUGCCAAAGUCUGAGCCUUAUAUACCGUGUCCUAAAAGGGGUAUGCUACUCAAUUUAAGAAGGUGCAAAUCUCAAAUGGUUAAUAUGGACAGUUUGGUCAGUCUAUUGGCAUGGUCAGUGUUCCAUCAAAUUCCAUGUAUUUCAGAGGGAUAACGUCAGAGGGAUAACGUAAGUUUGAUCACUGGAUAAUGUGUCCUUGCUUGAAAACAUUCUUUCAGCUAAAGCUACAUAUUCUUGCUUGAAAACAUUCUUUCAAGCAAGAAUAUGUAGCUUUAGCUGUUUAACACUUAACACAGCUGUUUAAUGCUACAAUAUAAAGAAACAGCAAAGGUAGAGUAGCCUUAACGUCAGUGAAAUAAGUUACUCCAGAACUCCAGUUUAGUUUAAACCAGCUUAGCACUGCUAAUUGUUAGUAAACCUUCCCCAAUUUUUCAUCAUUGUAAUAUAUAGACACCAUUUGUGAACAAAGAUAUUCUCACAUCUUUGGAAGUGACUUCUUGAAUCGGGUGGUACUUCUCUUUAAAGAGUUAUAAGCGCCUGUUACCUUUGUAAGUCUGUGCUCUUCGUAUAGGCCAUGGCAUUGCCUUACAUAUUCAGUGAAGAUGUUGAUUUAUUGGAGUAUUUUUCUUAGUUUGUGACUGAGCUAUCCUGCACCUUCAGAACCAGGUGCGGGAAGGUUACACUGUGACGAGAUGCUAAUGCUGUCAAACGUUUUAGACCAUUUGUGUGUCAUGUGACCGGAAGUUGUGUAUUGAGUGUGACAUUGGAAUUUAGGCUUUUCAAGUGCUGUUCAUUCUUAAUAUGCCUUUCUCACUCAGCAUACAACAAUCGCCCUCGAUCACAUGAAGUUGUACCUCUGCGAAACUGAGAGACAUGUAGUUAGUGCCCAGAACAGAAGGACGAAUGGAUUGUUAUUCUCUUCUUACAACCUCAAGACAUUGUGUCAUCUUACUCAAAUGGUAGCCCUACCAUAUGUACCCCGCUCCAUGAUUUUGUAUUGUAUACAUAAGUGCACACAUCUUGCCGAGGCAUGAAGACCGGGAAAUCACAAUCUCAGUGUUUGGGUCGCUUGUUUUUUUUCAGGCGUUGCUAGAGCUAAUCCACGCUUCUUAUCAAGCAGUGGGAAGAUUUUACCUCAUUUGACAGCUUAAGAAAUCGACUGAAGAAAGGAGUUGAAAGCAAGAUUGAGAAAAGUGUUUGAGGGAGGAAGAGAUUGAGAAAAACGGAUGAAGGAAAAACAGGAGGUAAGCCCUCAUUUGAAUUUGAGAAGAUUGGAGCAGCAAGGAGUUUACUGGCACAGGGAGAUGUCACAUGAAUCAAAAGCUGACUGCAGCAAUGCAAGAAAUCUUAGCGCCUUAUUAAGUGCAGUUUAUGCCUGUGUGGGACUAGAUGCUGUAACCCACGCAUGUAGCCAACACCUGUGCGAGCCAUUCAUACGUGUGCGCAGUCUCACUUGCUCUGUAAAGAAUGCCACCAAGAUGCCAGUAAGUGUAGUGUCUUUUUUGCCCGUCGUAUAAAUGUUUGUAUCUCCGAACCUCCCCAGUUAACCUCACCUCGAUGUGUUCCAUCUUUAUUAAUCUAAAACAGUCAGUUUGAAAAAGAUGGAGAAGCACCCGGAAAUAUUAAAGUGGAAACAUGCUACUACCAUGCAAACCAGUCACAACUCUUGCUGUCUGCGUCACCACUGCGAUGUUACUGCUGAGGUGAACAUUAGUGUUACGGUCCACGUACGGUCUUGGUUGUCAGCGUAGCUACACCGCCAAAUUGACGCACAAGGAUAAACUGUCGAAAGAUGUUCUCUGUGGUGACAAAUGCAGAUUUGCAGAAAACGCAGGAAAACUCUUUUCAACUUUACUUUCCCUGGGAAGAAAAUAGUAUUCCUGAACAAUUCACUUAAUUGUCUCAAAUCUUAGAACCUUUUCAAAAGGGUUCUUCAUUAUACUUCUAUGAAAUGAUCAGAUUUACAUCAGACAAUGUAGUGUAGCAGAAGGUAUUAGCUAUUAGAUACCUGGUAAACAGUAGCAUUGCAGCAUUCUCGUGUUAGCAAUUAGCUAAAGCACCACUGUAGCAUCUCAUGCAACUGCUGUUAUACUGUCCGCUGAUCCUGUAUUAAAAACCUCCCAUCCUGCAGUCCAAUAGGCUUUCUUAUAAGUUUAUUUAAUGCAUAAUUUUUACUCAUUUAUUGUGAUUGAUUUUUCCAUCUUAUCUGUCUUAUUUUGUUAAAAAUAAGUAAAUAAAUAGUUUUAAAAAACAAUGUUUUGAUACAACCGUGCAAAGGCAGAUUAAUGUAUUACACUGAGUUCACUGACCUUGACCUGUAAAACAGCUGGAGUACCCUUUUAAGGUUCAUUAAAUGACACGUCAAAAUUGAUUUUUUUUUUCUCUUUUUUUUUCUGAGGAGGAUGUCAGGCUUCUGUCUCCAGGGAGGAGUCUGAUCUUUUAUUUCCAGCUUUCCUCAUUAUGUUUUUUUUUUUUUUUUUUUUUUCUGAAAGUCUUCACAUUUGCAGUCCCUGGAGUUUUUACUGUACACAGCAACAUCACACAGUAGCUCUUUUCUAAUCUUCUCCAAAUGUUUCACUUCCUGAGCUGACGGAGACUGGCAGCAGGAGUGGCUGCUGUCGUGUUGUGCUCUGUUGCAGCCCUAUUGCGCCAAGCUGCUUUGGCCGGGGAUAUUUUUGGCUCCCACCUUGUCUUAAUCCUGUCGUGAUUCUCCGAUGGAUUAUUCAUGCUUCCUCUGCCUCCUUCCCCUUCUCCCCCUCUCACCCCACCUCCUCUUGUUCUCACCUUCCCUCUCUCUCUCUCUCUCUCUCUCUCUCAUCCUUUUACACUUUCCCAUCCUCCCCUCCUUAGCGCCUUCCUUUAACACCAGUCUUUCCUUUCAAGCCGUUUCUGUGUCAUCGUUAAAAUGUCGUUGAGUGCGCUGCCAAACAAUCACUUCGAUUAUUUAUUGAUCCGUUUGGUUGUCUAUUUGCUAUUCUCUGCACACAAUAUAUAAACUAAUGUACCUGUAUAUCUACAGUAUAUAACUGCUAACACGUUAACACCACUAGCCGUCUGUAAAAUGUAUCCUUCCACCCACUCUUUGACAUCACUUUUCUUCACAGCCCAUUGAAGUGGUCUGAAUUCUCCACUGAGGGCUGCUGUAACUCUUUCAUAGAAUUCUUUUUUUUUCUCCUAUGUUUCUCUCUACACCUAAAAAGAGACGCGGAAAACCUUUACAAAUGGAUAGAGCUCAAAUGUGUAAGAACAGAGAGUAGGUAGAAACCCCUGUCACGGUGAUUCGGUGUCCCCUGUGAAAUAUCAUCAGUUUACAGUUUGGUUGUGACUGUCAUUGUUUACGGUGGUUAACGAAUGAUGGAAUGAUUGGAAAUUGGUGUCGGUGUUACCUUGACCUAAAAGAGAAAAAAAAAUGGGGAAACUAGCGGCUUUCGGGUUAUUCUGCAUCUAAUUUGCGAUGCGAAAGCGCACCAGAAGCGAGUCGACCUGGGUCUGAUUUUCGAUGUGAAAAGGGUAUUAGUGUCUCAGUUUAUCUAUAACAGCAUGCCCAAACACUGCAGCUGUCCUAGCAUGCAUGUAAACCCCGUUCGAUUUCAGGUUCACUGAUACAGUUGGAUUUGAAUUUUUUGCUUGCUUCGCUGAAAUAGGACACAAUAAAAAAAUAAGAAUUAAGACAAAAAGAUGCGGUUUCACAAAGAAGCUUUUCAAAAAAUGAGCUGCAGUGACUAGCCGGUUGCCUUGUGCAUCUGUAUUUUGUUGAUAAAUUAGAAGAAUCUGUAACUCCUACCGUCUUUUACGUUUUUUUUUAUUAAU